UGAACAGCAGAGCUUCAGUCCACUGCUGCUUGCAGAUAGACAUAAAUGAGCGCGCGGGGGGAGGAAACCUCACGACUCACCACAACAACCAACCGUCUGACUCCUAAACAGGUUUUCAGAUUCCUGAGUAGGGUAUAAAAAAAAAAAUCUCCGGCUCUGACCUGAAAAUCUGCGGACUGACUGUAAGGGGCAUGCGUGCAGCGCAGCUACAGAGGAACUCUUUAUGAACGGGCUGAAGUGCCAAGAAGGAUUUCCAUUUCUCCCACAGCUCCGGCUUUCUUCUCGCUGUCGCGCAGGAACGACGCGUGCUUCACUGGACUUAUAAUCGACCAGCGAAUUUCCAGGCUGAUGAAGCACUUUGUCAGCCCUUAUAUUGUUCUUUGCUUUUCUGCAGCCCAGCGAGAAACCUGCAAAACAUCAUUGUAGCGCAGCGGUGAUGGACAUUCGCUUUGGCGUCUCGGUUAUGCACGCAUUGGAGUCAUUGUGCUUUUUUUCAAAGGCGCUACUUCUGCACACAUCUCUCGCUCGCCUGACUUUCUUUAAAGCUUAAAAUGUUUUGUCGGUGUGUAUGAGCGAUGGCGUCCGAACCGCACCAGGUGACGGAGAGGUUAUCUGCACGUUUGGACCUGUUCGCGUGGAUAAUGAGAAUUUAUGCCACAGGUGAAUGAAUAUUUUCUGUUUUGAAGCCGCUUUCUGACUCUGGCAUACAACUCGAGAGGGCUGCACGGUGAACAAUGGAUCUCAAAGUGGAAACCGAAGAAAUGGAGUCAAAUCAACCUCCACCCAUAGAAGUUUUUGCGCACAGCUCGACCCUGCACGGAAUCUCUCACAUCUUCACGUACGAGCGGUUCUGCGUCAAACGCUGCCUGUGGCUCGUGUUUUUCUUGGGCUCUCUGACCUUCUUGCUGUACGUGUGCGUGGACCGGAUCCACUUCUACCUCGAGUACCCUCACGUCACCAAACUGGAUGAGGUCACGACCCCGAUCAUGACGUUCCCCGCCGUCACUUUCUGCAACCUGAACGCUUUCCGCUUCAGCCGCGUGACGCGCAACGACCUGUACCACGCAGGGGAGCUGCUGGCCCUUCUCAACCAAAGGUAUGAGAUCAGAGACAUGCACCUGGUGGAGGAGAGCGUUCUGGAGAGUCUCAAGGUCAAAGCCGACUUCCACAACUUUAAACCGCGACCCUUCAACAUGCGGGAAUUCUACGACCGUACCGGCCACGAUAUCAGUGACAUGCUGCUCUCCUGCCACUUCCACGGCACCGAGUGCAGAGCAGAGGACUUCAAAGUGGUCUUCACUCGCUAUGGGAAGUGUUACACCUUUAACGCUGGCGGUGAUGGGCGCACUCCCCUCAUCACCACCAAGGGAGGUAUGGGUAACGGCCUCGAGCUCAUGCUGGACAUUCAGCAGGAUGAAUCCCUGCCAGUCUGGGGAGAAACAGAUGAGACUUCUUUUGAAGCGGGGGUCAAAGUUCAGAUCCACAGUCAGGACGAGCCGUCCUUCAUUGACCAGCUCGGAUUCGGAGUGGCACCCGGGUUCCAGACAUUUGUUUCCUGUCAGGAACAGAGGCUGAUAUAUCUCCCCCCACCCUGGGGAGACUGCAAGGUGACGCCAAUGGAGUCGGACUUCUUUGACACUUACAGCAUCACAGCCUGUCGCAUUGACUGCGAAACGCGCUACCUGGUGGACAACUGCAACUGUCGCAUGGUGCACAUGCCUGGCGAUGCCCCCUACUGCACCCCCGAGCUGUACAAAGAAUGUGCUGACCCAGCUCUGGAUUUCCUGGUGGAAAGAGACAAUGAUUUCUGUGUGUGUGAGACGCCGUGCAACAUGACCAGAUACAGCAAAGAGCUGUCUUUUGUCAAGAUCCCCAGCAAGGCCUCUGCUAAAUAUCUUGCAAAAAAAUACAACAAAUCUGAGCAGUACAUUAAGGAAAAUAUCCUGGUUUUAGAUAUCUUCUUUGAAGCUCUCAAUUAUGAAACUAUUGAACAGAAGAAAGCAUAUGAAGUGGCUGGACUUUUAGGUGAUAUUGGUGGUCAGAUGGGACUUUUUAUUGGUGCAAGUAUACUGACUAUUCUGGAGAUAUUUGACUACCUUUAUGAGGUAAUGAAGUACAAACUGUGCCGCUGCUCCGAUAAGAAGCACAAGCAUAACAACAACAAUGACCAGGGAACGGUCCUGAGCUUAGACGAUGUCAAGUGUCACGUCAGUAACUUUCACUAAGCUUCUGCAGCCGGGGGCAGAGAGCCGCCGCACUCUCUCGCUUGUGAGCAGCUUCGUGGACUUUGUUCUUUGCAGGUUUUCUUUCUUUUCCCACUGCUGGAACAACAGAGGAAGUGUGUGAACUGUGCCUGAUUAAGGUGUGUAAGCGACAUGAUGAAAUAGGGACGUGUGGCUGAGGUAGGCGGACGGCCACAGAGACGCGAGGGCAGGAGAACCAAGAGAAAUAAAACUUAAAAAAUGUUAGAAUAACUGCAUGGUCUUCUGUAAACACCUUUUCAAGACGUAGUAACAGAUACAGUUAAAGGUUACACAGGUUCAUUAUAUGUUCAGUAAAUCAGUGUUAGAAAUCCCAGCAAUGUGGUGUCAGUUUGACUGUUUUUGUGUGAAAUAGUUGUUAAUUUACAGGAAUGUUGGGACUAAACCAGCUUUCUCUUUUACUUACAGCUGUCUUCCCCUGUUAAACUACGCAUUUUGCCAUCAUACUGUACUACCUCGUCUCGCAGGAUGACAGUGCUAAAAAUAAUUUAAGUAAAACUGACUGAUUAAAAGGUAACUGCCAUGUAGAGUAGGCGGACAUUAAAGAAAGCCCAACAUUUUCUUGAAAAGUAGUUGCAGGCGGUUUUCACAGAAAGCAUUUUGAUGUGUCACAAUAGGUAAAAGCACAAAUGUAAGGAUAGCUGAGAUCCAUUUACUUUAAUUAUGGGUUCCUGCAGCUGGAUGAAUAAAACGUAAUAAAAUCUCGCUUCCCACCGUCACCACGUGCUUGCUCAGAGGGCAUCAUCUGUUCACUGCGGUUCUGUCUUUCUUAUUGUAGGGUCUUUACCUUAGCACAGUCACACAUCUUUAGUUGUGAAGGGGCACUAUGUGAAUGAAACCUAAUUGAACUUUUUAAGCCCAAUAAAAAUUAGUACACCCCAAAUUUGUAUUUAAUGUUAUAGAUGUUAAAUUGCUCAUAUUAGUGUAGCUAGGUCUGUUUGUAAAUAGAAAAAGAUUAAAUAAUAAGAGUAAGUGUAAGCUCUGUGAAAGUAACUGUUUUGUUUUAUGGUAGUUAUUGUCUGUCACAUAAAUCCUGAGGUAAUGGUGGAUGGUCAUAAUAAACAUGGCCAGAGUUUCAGAUAUGUGUAAAUAAUCCCUGCUAGCAAAAAGGCAGCUUUAAGCUAGUUCAGACCCCACUGUCAUAAUAACCUGAGAUAUCAGGACAAACCUUCUAUUUGCAAAAGGCAGCCAAUCAGACGAAAGUUGGCUGAAUUGGAGAAGCGCUAAGAGUUUUUCUUCCCUUGAAGACAGGGAAUAUACAAUUGGUUACAUUUGCUUGUCUGUCUGUUAACAGUUUAGCCUCUGCAGUUUUCAAGAUAUUAUUUUCAAUUUUGUGUGAUGGUAGAUACCAAUAACAGCUCAAGCUGAUUUCAUUUAGGUGGAAAUCAGGUCAAGGUGACAUGUGAAAAUCAGUAAAAACGUUAUAUUACCCAAUGUUUUUAAUGGCUCGUCUUCAAACUUCACAACAAUAUACAAGGCCUUUGGGGAUACAAGUACCUGGGUAAGCAUUUGACCUAUACUGUUAGCACGAAGAUCAAAAUUUCAAGAAUCUAUAACAAGUAAUAUCUCAUAUGAAAGGGCAUGGAGGACACUUUUUUUUUGCAAUACAGUGCCCUAUGGUGUUGCAGUAACACCAUGACAGGCUAACGUUAUGUAUUGUAAUAAAAACACCAUAAAACAUCAAAGUUUUAGUCUAGUCGGUUGCUCUCUGAGUGCUCUUGUUUUUGCUUUUUUCAGACAGCGAAUGAACCGAUAAACUACCCAAAGGCCCAGCAUAAGACACACAAAGAAUAAUUUGAACUGUAACUCAUGUAGACCUAUUGUAAUGUAGUCCACAAUAAAAAUACAGAAUUGGAAAUGAGCACUAUAAGCUCUUUCUCACUUUCUCUCAGAAAACGUUUGUUUGCACAUUUUCACCGCACAUUCUUUGUUAUAACCAGUUUAUGUAUGAGAGUAAAAAAGGCCUACGUAUGAUUUUUAUGCACACGCAUAGUUUAUACAUCCAGCCUCUGAUGUUGCGCACGGUUUCGCACUUUGGCCCAUCAUAUGACGCUUGUGAAUGUUAUCAGUAACCUGUGUUUUUCCUGCUGUAACAAGUUCAAAUGCCCGCUGUGAAAAAGAUCUGCCAAGGGAACUACUUGGGUUAAACACGAGCAGGAAGUUAAAAACCAGUUGCUAGAUUCCCCACAAAAAAGAUGUAAUCGAACAAUAUGACAAAGAGACUUAAUCAUCGUGUACUGUAUAGCUUUGCUGUAGAAAUGAGAAAUUUAUUAACACGUGAUGCCAUAACAUUCGUUUAAGAGAAUGUCAUUCAUGUUUACAUGCUUUUUGUCACAUUUUAAGGAAUUUUGCUUCUGUUGUGUCAACAAGGCUGGAUCACAUCAACUAGAAUCAAUAUUUUGAAUGUUUUUUUACUUUCGAACGCUUACUUGCAUGUAGCACUGUACAGCAAGCAUCCUAUAUGUACAGUUCAUCCACACCUGCAGUUUAAGCCUUCUUCUGUCCUCGUGUCUGGGUGCGUUUUGUGAGCAUGUAUUCAUUUGCGGUUUUACGGCGAUGAAAGAAAAGUGGAAAGAAACUGCCCUAAAAUGCUCAACAGUGAGUGUGGUGUCAGGUAGAUGGAGAAAAUCUGAGCUCUGCGGAGCAUGUUUGAGAGUUUCCCUCAUGAUUGUGUAUAUACCAAAAUUAGGGAUGCACCGAUAUAUCGGCCAAACCUCGGCACAGCCUGAUCUCCGCCUUGUUGACCAUUCACUUCUCUGCAAGAUGGUGUGUCAGUUCUGUUAUUGAAAAUUUACUUGUCUUCCUGGCACACGAAGGAAAAGCAAACAAGAACAAAGCGUGGCGUGCCCAGAAGUUCACAGUCGGUGCAUCCCUACCAAAAAUCUAACCAUGUUCAUUAUUCUGCUCCUAGUUGUUCUCAACAGGAAGUGGGAUCUGAUUAGCGUGUAGCUGUGUGGUGUUACUAUCAAGCACAAUUAUUCCAUCAGUUGUAAUUUAGUGUAAAUAUUACUGUUGACUGUGGAUAAUAAUCCUCGUGUAUUAGCAUAGUCUGGUUUGUCUAACGGUGUACUUAAUGGAUUUAUUUCAAAGAAACUUGCUGUGUGUCUCAAUUCAUUUUUUUCUUCUGUAAAUGACUGUAAAUUUGUUUAUUUGUCAAAGACAAAGUAGGGGGGGCUGUUUGUUUGUUUUUAUUAAUAUUGCUAGAGUUGAGUCACAGCAGCCGUUCUCAUCAGUACAUGAGAAUUAAAUAGCCAGACUGUUGCUGCAUGAGGUCGCCCAGCUUACUGCUUUUGUUUUUGCCGCCUCCUUUACUUUUGCCUUUUCAUUUGUGAUAUGAAAGGACAGCUGUUUUAGUCUGGUGAUGUAAAGAUGAAUAAUGGACUUGAAUCGGUUGUUACAUUAAAGAUCAAAUGCUAACUGUA